ACUUGUACAACAUUUUCUUGCUUUGUUUAAUUUUUUUUCUUUUUUCUUUUUCUCUCUUUUAUAAAACCUUUGUAUACUGUCAAUUAAAUGUUAUGUCGUGUCUUUUUUAUGCAAUUCGUUUUACAAUUGCGAUAACAAGUAAUUGUGAUGUACAUUCUGCAAAGAGUCACAUUUACUUGUUAUGAUAAGACUGAUUAAUUCAUCUGACUUUUCACCUUUGUGGACCAGAGGAGAGGAUGGUCACUCCCUUCCCAUAAUGCACUUGUCACUUCCUCUUCUCAUCGUCCGGAUCUACUGUGUCUCCUGAACCCUGUGUUGCUGAAUAGAACAGGGAGGGCUGGAAAGUGAAUACACUGGAUGGUAACAAAAUACUUUAGGCGUGGUUUGCAUUUUUCUCCCUUUAUUCAUUCAAGAUGUGUGGAGCUGCAGAUGUAACAGUGUAGCUCAGAUCUGCUGAAAAGAGGAGAUUUUUAAAGGAUUUAAAAAGAAAGAAGGAGAAAACACAACAAAAGAUUACUUCUUUCACCAUGGCGACUAUCAACGACAUCACCCAAGGGGAUCAGAAUGCAACUGAAGAAGGGAUGACAGUAAAGCAGCAGUUUACCGGAGAUGUAAUGUGUGAUUCCUGCAUUGACAGUCCAAGCAGGGCCCUCAAAUCCUGCCUGACCUGCUUAGUGUCUUACUGUGAGUCCCAUUUAAGACCUCAUCUGGAAAAUGUGAAAUUCCAAAACCACCAGCUGGUCGAACCCCUCCACGACAUCGACUGCCCCACCUGUGAAGUCCACCAUCUGCCUCUGGACCGAGUAUGCCUGGACCAUGGCUUCUAUAUCUGCUCCAACUGUGAGACAGAGGUGCACGAGGGUCACAUGACUGCAUCUGCUGAGGAAGCACGCGCAAAGAUUGAGAUUGAGUUGCAGGAAAAGCAAGCAAAAAUAAGCCAGUGUGUGUCUGAAGCUGAAAGAGCUAUUGGAAAGCUACAAGGCAACAAUGACACAGUAAAGACAUUAGUGCAAGACGUCAGCGCAAUGAUUGAGCUUCAGUUCUCCAGGCUGCAGAAUGCUGUGGAAGAGGCCAAAAGGACGGUCAUGGAGGUGCUGGACAGAGAACAGAGGCAGGCCCUCCAACAGUCUGACAGUAUACAGGCCCAUCUGGAGCAGAGGAGAGAGGAGCUCACCAAACUCCAUUCUCACACAAACAAGCUGCUCAGGGCCAAGUCUAACGUGGAAUUUCUACAGAAGUACUCCGAGUGGAAGAAAAUGUCAACAGAUGUGUCUCUGCCUUUUGUCCAUAAUAAAAAUAUGGAGCAUCUCUCCUCUUAUGUGCAAACCGUAACAGACACCACCCAACAACUGUGUGAUCUGCUUCUCUCAAGUUACAAGGAGAGCAUGGACGAGGUGUUCAAAAGUGGCUAUAAAACCAAGCCCAAGGCUGAACCUUCACCUCUUCCUCUGCCUGUGACUAGAGAGGACUUCAUCAGAUACCAAAAGAGCCUGACAUUUGAUCCAGACACCGUCCAUAACUUCCUGCGUGUGACGGAGGACCACAGGAAGCUGACCAACACCAGUCCAUGGCAGCAUAGUUAUGCGGACACUGCCAGUCGCUUUGACUACUGGAGACAGGCCUUGACUUCAGACAGUCUGUAUCUGGGUAGACACUACAUUGAAGCAGAUCUGAGUGGAGAGGGCGCUCACAUUGGAGUUACAUAUAAAAUCAUAGGUCGUAAAGGAGAGCAAAAAAACAGCUGUAUCUGCCAGAAUGAAUAUUCCUGGUGCAUUGGGAGAAACAGUAAAGGCUUUUCUGUAUGGCACGCAGGUGUAGAGACGCCCCUAGAGGUCACAGAUAUAACUACAGUUGGUUUAUUCAUUGAUUUUCAUGAAGGCCAACUGUCUUUUUAUAAAGUAAAUGAUCAUUUUGUAUUGCUGCACACCUUUGAGGCAGAUAUUUUAGAACCUUUAUAUGUUGUUGUGUGGCUAUCAAAAAAAGACAACAAAGUGCGACUUUAUGAAUCUAACAAAACAUUUUAAUUGAAGAUAAAAAUGAUACAGGUUUGUUUACAGAUGCAAGCCAAAAAAAAAAUGCAUCAUGUACUUUUCAAUUAUUGGUAUUCAUUUUUUACUGUAUAUACAAAUUCUUACAACAAAUUAUACUCUAAAUUGUGCUGUAUUUCAAUUAGAUACAUUUUUCAAAAAUAAAAUUUCUAUCGUGGUCUUGGUACUAGGAAUUGCCGAAUAUAUCUCCAUCUAGUGGGUAUUAUAGAGUACUUGAAGAAUUUUAUGUAGCAUACUUGUUGAGAGACUAAGAAAAAAAAAGUUUAAACUUUAAAUUCUUCAUUGCACUUAUAUGUAUACAUUGGCAUUUUCACAUGAUUUUAUAUUGUUUAAAUUAUAUCCGAUAAUUUAAAACUUCAUGCACUGAAGUCAGUUUCCUUCUCAUAUACUGGAUUAACAAAGUGCACCUGGGAUUUCUCCAUUGAGAUUGACAUGUUAAUUUCUGGAUCGUACAGACUGGGCAGUUCAGGUAGCACUGUAGGCUUGUCAAACAUGGGAUUAUCAAAGCCCAGGUCUAAAAUGUCCAAAAAAGUAAUUGCACCUCAGAUGUGGUCUGAAGUGAACCGGCCCACCGGGCAUUUGCCCGGUAAUACAGAUUACCAGUCCGAGUCUGAGGACAUAUCUGUCUGUAAAUUCGAUUAAAUCGACAUAAUAUACAGUCUAACAUAUAAAUCGGUUGGGCCCAACUCCAUAUAUAAAUCCAAAUAUAGCCGCAAGUGGCUCCUUAUUUAUGGCACAUGAUACAAAGGCAGCGUACUGUAUAGUAAAUGCCAAAUAAUGGUCAAAGGUCAAUUUUAAGAUCAGUAUUUUUUACGAUAUUUAUUCACAUUAUAAAGGAGGCCUCAAAUACCCCCAAAAUGACAUUAACUCAUUUUUGACCAAACAUGAUGUUACGGUGUUCUGCCUUUGCUGGGCAGAAUGGCUGAUGUAGUAAGCGUUGCAUCGCCACUAGGAGGCGGUGAACGCAACUCAAAAUCACCUUUGUGCUCAGCUUCACCAUGUUCCUGAUCAUCCUGAAUGAAGCGCUGCCCGGGGACAGCCAAGGCAGUCCAUUUAUCAAUAUGGAAUUUCUAUUGGUCCAUUUAUAAGUAAUGUUAUUUGCUGAAUACAACAUACUCAAAUUUAAAUGAAUUAAUAAUGAAAUGACUGUGCAACAUUUAAACCCAACCAUAAAUUUGUAAUAUGCAGCACAAUACACAUUGGUUUUGAAAAAAAUGGUUUUGAGCAUAGCUUACUUUAUUGGAGUGUGUUAUGUCAUGGUCAAUCACAUUUGUAUGAUCACCCAUUUUGACUUCUGGGAGUAAAGAAGCUGUAACUUCCACUAUCUGUGUGUGCGUGUGUGGGUCUGAGAAUAUUUUUGACUAGAUCAAGGAAGUGAUAUGGAGUGAGGAAAAAAGCUAAACACUAAAGUGUGAGUAUAUUUAUGUGACCAUCCAUAUUUACCAAUUUUAGAUUUUCAUGGCUUCAUUUCUUGUUAUAGAAUAAUCUUGAUGUUGCUGCUGAAUU